UUAGAUGAUGGUAUUAUGGCAUUAUAAUGCUUAAUUUAAUCUGAAAUCAACAUUUCAGGAAAAAAAAAUGUAAUCUGGAGAAGAGGAUUGGUUUUGAUGUCCAAAUAAAGCACAUGUAGUUAGUCCAAAUUGUAUACAAGCAAAUGCAAAACCAUCUUGUUGAUUCAAAACCAUCGGACCUGAUGUUAAACAGAGUUGAAUGGCAAACUAGAUUGAGAUUUUAGUUGUUGUUGUUAAUGCAAAACCAUUUACCAUUCAUGCCAAAACUGAAGGAUUAAUUCCUUUUUUCUGUGGCCUGCUCAAGGACAUUCAAGGGUUGAUAAUCAUGAUAAAAUAUGAUGUGACCAUAAUUCUCCACAUUGUUAAAAGAUAUCUUUGUGGCAAAGAAUUGAUCCGAAAUAUUGCAUGGAGGUAAUCCAACAUCAGCUUUCUCAUAAUUAGAAUUAGUAAUUCCUAAUCUGUCAGGUUUCAGGGCUCAAAAUAGUAUAUAUAAUUGUAACUAGUGAAUGUAAUUUGAUUCCGAGGUGGUGAUAAUUUCAGGCCACAACAAAAUUUUCUUCCACGGGGAAUCAACGGAGACUCCAUUGUACAGCUUGUAUUGCUGCUUCAUUUACGGAGUUGCAACUUUUCUUGUAUAUAAGAGAAACAAGAAGCCAGCCCAAAACCCAUCAGAAACUAAAAGCUAAAUAGCUAAUCCUUAAUUUUCUUUCCAGGUACAUCUAGUAAUCUAGCUCCAAUGUUUUCUCCUCUCUUCCAUGGAGUACUAACUUAUCUACUUCUAAGUCAUUUCCAAUGUCUUGCUGGAGCCUUUCCUCCCAUUGGUAUCGGUGUGACCCAUUCAAGGCUUGCAAACAACCUGCCAAGUGCAAAAGAAACUAUAGAACUUUGCCAACAAAAAGGCUUCCAAAAGAUUCGCCUUUAUAAGCCACAUAUAGAUGCUCUAGAGGCAUUAAAACAUUCAGGGAUGGAAGUGAUCCUGGGGGUUGCAAAUGAAGACAUUGUACAAGUAGCCUUUGCAAAAGGUUUUGCUCAAAAUUGGGUCAAUACCUAUGUCAAGCCAUAUAAAACGAUACUAGGAUUUACAAUGAUAGCUGUUGGACAUGGUAUAAGCCCUGGCGAUAAAUUAGCGGAAGCCUUACUUCCUGCAAUGCAAGUCCUUAAAGAUGCAUUAUAUAAUGCUGAUCCUGACUUGAGUGCUAUCUAUUUGACCACCCCAUUUCAACUAAAUUGGCUUUCACAAAGUUACCCUCCAUCUGCAGGCACCUUUGAUCCUAAAUUUCUUCUCACCAUUCAGCCUAUUGUUGAGUUUCUGGAACAACAUAGCCCUUUUCUGCUAUGUGAUUUAUACCCUUAUUAUGCUUAUAAGAAUAAUCCAGAUUAUAAGAACAUUUCCCUGGAUUAUGCUCUGCUCAGCUCAUCCAAUGUGAUAGUUCAGGAUGGAGGAACUGGAUAUACCAAUAUGCUUGAUGGGUUGAUUGAUGCUUUUAUGUCAGCAAUGGAAAAAAUUGGAGUCACAAAUGUCAAGGUUUACGUAAGUGAAACUGGAUGGCCAAUUUCUCCAGGGAUAGAGCUUGCAACCCCUCAGAAUGCUGAAACAUAUAUUGCAAAUGUGUUCAAGCGGUUGAAAGCAGCUGCAAAAUCACCAAAGAGCCAAUGGCCAUCGCAGAUUUUCAUAUAUAACUUGUUCCUACAAAAUCAAGCUGUUGGAGAACAGAGAAAUUUUGGCUUAUUUUAUCCUAACAAGAAGCCCAUUUACUAUUAAGAUUUGGUAAUUGGGUUAUUGAUAAAGUAAA